UCCUCUUUCUAAAACAAGAAAGUAAAUGCUGACUCGAGUCAUCUGCCCCAGAUGCCACCGGAAAUGGCAUCUUCUCCCAGACGCAGGUUUGUGAGCCUAGCAGCACCCAAAGGGUGACUUAUUUCCCUUGUAGCCUCUGGGCCUGGCCAUUCUGAUCUGCGGCGUGGAGAAAGGAUUGUGUCUAGGGAAGAGAUCUGGAGGCGACUGGGAGAGGCAUUUUGAAAUCACCACUUACUUCAAUGAGCUGCAGAGCUGAAGCCUAUUUACAAGCAAUCCACAGACCCACCCCGUGCAAAGCGAGGAGGUAGGCCGCGCGCCAUGGACGUCACUGUCCACCUAAAGUCCUCUGAGGUCCAGCAGCUGCUCCACAACAAAUUCGUGGUCGUCCUGGGGGACUCCGUGCAGAGGUCAGUGUACAAGGACCUGGUGCUCCUGCUGCAGAAGGACUGCCUGCUCACUCGCGGCCAGCUCAAGGCGAAGGGGGAGAUGAGCUUUGAACAGGAUGAGCUGAUGGAGGGGGGCCAGCUGGGCCUUAUGCACAACGGCGUCACCUAUCGCGAGGUCCGUCAGUACUGCUCCGGCCACCACCUGGUGCGCUUCUACUUCCUCACGCGCGUGUACUCCGAGUACCUCGAGAGUGUCCUGCAACAGCUGCAGUCGGGCGAGCACGUCCCCGACGUGCUCAUCAUGAACUCUUGCCUCUGGGACAUCUCCAGGUACGGUCACGACUCCUGGAGGCGCUACCUGGAGAACCUGGAGCGCCUGUUCCAGCGCCUGCGCCAGGUGCUGCCCGAGUCUUGCCUCCUGGUGUGGAACACGACCAUGCCCGUGGGGGAGAAGACCACCGCGUCCUUCCUCCCGCCUGAGCCCGAGGCCCUGCCCUGCAACACCUCCCUGAAAUUCGACGUGGUCGAAGCCAACUUCCACAGCUUCGUGGAGGCCAGGAAGCACGACCUGGACGUGCUGGACUUGCACUUCCACUUCCGGCACGCGUGGCAGCACCGCUGGACGGACGGGGUGCACUGGAGCCAGCACGUGCACCGCGAGCUCUCCCAGCUGCUGCUGGCCCACGUGGCCGACGCCUGGGGCGUGGAGCUGCCCCGCUACCCUGUGGGCAAGUGGAUCAAGCAGCCUGUGAAGAGAGUUGAAUUGUCCUCCAGGCCCCACAGAAAUCGCCGGCCCUUACUGUCGUCCCCACCCGCCUCUGCUGGCGGACGCCACUGCCUGCUCGGGCCCCCGCCCCUGCUCCCGCUCCCGCUCCUGCCCCCACAGCCUCCUCCCAUCCCCCCUCACCAGGGGAUGCCCCAGAUCCCAUUCUGUCCCCAAGAUGCCUAUUUUUCCUCCGACCAUACUUUCCAGUCUGAUCAGUUCUAUUACCAUUCUGACGUCCCCUCAUCUGCCCAGACAGGAUUUUCCUUCGAAGCCGACUUUAGAUGGGGUCCCCAGCCCCACAUGCCCUACUUCCCCACACCCUGUUACCAGCAACGGGCCCCCGUGGUCCACAGAGGCUUUCCACGUUAUCUUCCCCCUGGCCCCUACACGCCCUGGGGACGACGACCCAGAAGGCAUUCAAAGAGAAGGGUCCCGGACCCCAGCCCACCCAGGCCGCAAUAGACUGACCCUGGCCUUUCCUCCUCCUGGACAUGGACUGCACAGAGAGUCUGCUGCUUGCUUUCCCUUGGCUGGCCCAAACAGACUGACCUUGUUAAAUUAAGCCUUUAGUCCAUGCUUGGACAACGUCUUGUUCAUGUUACCAAGGUAGGGAAGAGCCGUCAGACCCUUGUUAUUGGCUGUGGCCUCUUCCCCCACUUUCUGGGGGUGAUCCUGUUCUGUUUGCCUUUUUGUAAAAAUAAAAUAUAAAUA